AUGAGCAAGAUAAACCAGAGCCUAUCUUUGGACAUUCGGAAUGAUAUUCGACUUUUACGUGAAGAAUCUAACGAAGAAUUUUAUGAAGGCGCUGGAAUCGACCACCUUUCGUGGAUCAGCACCAUCGAUGGCUCGAAACGCUAUAUCGAAGUAUUGAGAACUCGACACGCAGACACAGGAACGUGGUUCAUCAACAAAGAAGAAAUUCAGAAAUGGCGGAGUAAUGAGAAGCAGCUUUUAUACUGUCCUGGUAUCCCCGGAGCUGGGAAAACAGUGUUGAGUUCCGUCGUCAUCGAAUGGCUCACAAAAUCAUUUGCAAAUGACGACGACAUUGCCGCCACGUAUAUUUUCUUCGAUUUCAGACGGGAGCUGAGUGUGUUUGAGAUAUUAGCUGCUCUUCUUAGGCAACUUUGGCAAGGGUCACCAGGGAAAUCACGGACUUGGUCCCAACCAAGACCGCCACGUGAGGAGUCGAUGAGGCUGGAGUGGAUUCAAAAUCAACUUGAGGCUCGUGUGUCGGAAUUUACGAAAACCUUUAUAAUUCUAGAUGCUUUAGAUGAAUGCUCCGUUACUGGUGGUACCAUGCGACAAUCAUUGGAUUUUCUUUUCAGCCUUCAACGGAAAGCAAACGUCAAUAUCCUGGCCACUUCACGGUUCAACGAGGAAAUCGCGAAUUUGUUUACAACAGCCGGGGCCGCUUUGGAGAUUCAAGCCAAUGAGGACGACAUCCGAGCUUAUAUUGACCACCGAGCGGCAUAUUUCUCGCCUUUUGUGGCCAAGAAGCCCGGCCUAUCAACAUAUAUCCGUGAUGAGAUUGUAAAAUCGUCAGGAGGAAUGUUUUUACUUGCCAAAUUGUAUCUCAACUUGGUGCAAGAUGAGAUUAAUGAAAAGCGAAUUCGCAAAGUGAUAGAACGAUUCCACAACGGCUCUGGAGCUUACGAUGACGCUUAUGAUGAGACGAUGAGGAGAAUUGAGCAGCAAGGACAGUAUGCUCAAGAGAUUGCCAAAACCAUCUUUGGGUGGGUAUUGUUGUCAACACGGGCGCUUUCCCUCCCUGAAGUUCAACACGCUCUUGCUGUUGAAAUAGGCGAAUCCGAAUUCGACGGCACAAACAUAACCGACGUUGAAGAACUGAUGUCCAUCUGCAUCGGCUUGGUUACAAUUGAUGCGCAGUCCAACUCGCUCAAAUUUGUUCACUACACCACCAAGGAAUACUUUGAGCGGAGGUUAGACCAGUGGUUUCCGGAUAUUCACCGUCUUAUUACCAGUGCUUGCCUUGCAUAUAUGUCUCUGGAUGUUUUCAAUCAGGGGCCAUGUGAGACUGAAGAAGAUAUGGAUGAUCGGCUUAGCAAGUAUCCAUUCUACAAGUACUCCGCUCAAAACUGGGGUCAUCAUUACAAAAGGCACACCGGAGACGAAUCUAGGACGAUCGAGUUUUUGGCUGCCGAGAGCAAAGUUCAUUCAAGCUCCCAAGUUGUGUUCGGGUCCUCUCGUGAUCAUACCACCCAAUUGUACAAGACUGAACGGGGCCCUGGAUUUGUGCGGACAUGGGCACUUCAAGCCAUUAAAAUGAAGGAACCACUGAAGGGAGCCCAUUUCGCUGCUUUCCUGGGUCUAACGAGUCCAUUGGUAUCCAUGCUGAAUUCGAACACGAUCAAAGUUGACAUCGAGGAUGAUGUCGGGCGCACGCCCUUGUCAUGGGCUGUUGCAUACGGGCACGAGGAACUGUCCAAUAUCCUUCUCCAAAAUGGCGCCAACCCUGAUAGCAUGAACCAAUUUGGGUUCACACCUUUGUUCUACGCAGCUGUCGGCGGCAAAUUGAUCAGAAUGGAAGGACGCCACUUUUCCAUGCUGCUGCUGGUGAUUCAUCACACUUGA